AUUUUUUUUUCAAAUGACUUGACACCUGCUAAGAGACCGCAGAGGCUUUUCUCACUAAGUGGUCGGUUUUGCGGCUUUAUUCGAGUCUUAAAAACCUCCUCCUGCUGUACGGUCAACACCCUUGACGAGAACCAGCAGGCAGCGAAAGCAUUUGACCGUUAAAGAGGAUUUUACCGGUCUACUACUCUUUUCUUUCAACUGUGGUUUCAAACUGAGAAAACGGACAUACAAUAUCAGGAGUCGCUCAAGUCCGCUUAGACCAGUCACCGUAAAUCAUGGACGAGUCAGCUAUCGUCAUCAAGCUUGUCAAGCGUAAAGUAGGAGGGCUGGGCUUCCUGGUUAAAGAACGAGCAAGUAAGCCAUGUGUCGAGAUUUCUGAUAUCGUGAAAGGAAGUGCUGCCGAAGGUGUAUCAAACCUUCAGCCGGGGGAUAUUAUCCUUGAGGUGAAUGGUAAAUCCAUAGAGGAAUCCCAUUUCAAAGACGCGGUGGACGUUCUGAGUGGUGUUGAAACGGGAAGUUCAGUUUCCCUGAAGAUUAAACCAAGUGUUAGAUCAAAUGGGUCAGCAAAGACUUCCUCUAAAAAUAUCAAGGAGAACGUAACCCAACCCAUCAAUGGAAACGUCGAGGAGCCAAGUGAAAAUGCGAAUAAGCCUAAAAAUGAAGAAGCGAGAGAAAAUGGGACCACAGAAACAGUCAAUGGGCAAAGCGAUCCCGAGGUUAAUGACAAUAUGAAUGGAGUAGCCUCGGGUAUUUUACGGUGUCCCUUCUCGCAGUUCAGUGAGCACGCAAAAAGCCCGAAAUAUGUCAAGUUGAAAAACUGGGUCACUGGACAACAGUACACGGACACUUUGCACCAGAAAAGCAAAACGCGCAUGCACUGUACAGCAGCCCGGUGCGAGGGCUCUCUUAUGAGACCCUAUGGCGGUGAGAACCCGUCCCCGAGGCCUUAUGGGAUACCCCGUCCAAAGGAGGAGGUCCGCGAGCAUGCGGUGGAUUUCUUGGAACAAUAUUACACUUCCAUGAAAAUGAACAACAGCCCAGCGCACGAGAAGCGUUUAGCGGAAGUUCUUAAAGAUAUCGAGGCAACUGGAAGCUAUGACUUGACGGAAAAGGAGCUUAUGUUUGGUGCGCGUAUGGCUUGGCGUAACGCAUCUCGGUGCAUCGGCAGGAUCCAGUGGAACAGAUUACAUUUGUUUGAUGCUCGUGAUGUGUUCACUGCCCGAGGGAUGUACGAAGCCAUAAUUCGCCACAUUAAAUACGGGACUAACAAGGGCAACAUCAGAUCUACAAUCACUGUCUUCCCUCACCGCCGAGAGCCUCACAAAGACUUCAGAGUAUGGAACACACAGCUCAUACAGUAUGCGGGCUAUAAGCAGCCAGACGGGUCUGUGAUUGGCGACCCGGCAGGCCUGGAGCUAACAGAGAUCUGCGUGGCACUCGGAUGGAAGCCAAAAGGAGGUCGCUUUGACGUCCUACCAUUAGUACUACAAGCUGGAGGUGAACGCCCUGAAUAUUUCGAGAUUCCGGAAGAUCUAAUCCUCGAAGUCAAACUAAAGCACCCAAAGUACGACUGGUUUGAGGAGCUAGGUCUCCGCUGGUAUGCACUACCUGCCGUCUCCUGUCUAUGUCUGGAUGUUGGAGGCAUUGAAUUCCCCGGUUGCCCUUUCAACGGAUGGUACAUGGUGACAGAAAUUGGAGCAAGAGACCUCGGUGAUCCUUGUCGAUACAACAUGCUUGAGCCUGUAGCCAAAAAGUUGGGCUUGGACACUAAGAGUAACGCAUCGCUUUGGAAAGACAUUUCCUGCGUGGAAAUCAACGUGGCCGUUCUCUACAGUUUCCAGGAAGCUGGAGUUACUAUUACCGAUCAUCACACUGCGUCCGAGACUUUCAUGAAGCAUUUUGAGAAUGAGACAAAACUGCGCGGUGGAUGUCCAGGGGACUGGGUAUGGGUCGUGCCGCCACUGUCGGGUUCUGUGUCCCCUGUGUUUCAUCAGGAAAUGUUAAAUUACAUGUUGAAACCAAGCUACGAAUACCAAGAUGACCCAUGGAAGCAUUACAAAAUAACAACUGCAGAGUCGAAUUCCGACAGAAAAAAGCUUUCCUUCAAGGAGGUUGCCAAGGCUGUGAAAUUCUCUGCCAACCUGAUGGGUAAAGCUAUGGCAAAACGCACUAAGGCAAUCAUACUGUACGCCACUGAAACGGGCAAGUCUGAGAGUUACGCAAGAAUGCUAGCGGACCUCUUCCUUCACGCAUUCGACCCAAAGGUCAUGCGGAUGGACGAAUAUCCCCACCCAGAAAUGGAAAACGAGCAGCUUAUUCUUAUUGUCACCAGUACUUUCGGCAACGGAGACCCGCCGGAGAACGGAGAGUCAUUCGCUCGAUAUCUCUAUGAGCUCCGCCAUCCAAGCAGUCAAGGGGCUUCUACGCGCAAGAUCCAAGCUGUUAGCAACUUGCUGAUGCAGAAAGAAAAAGAGCGAGGGCUAUGCAUAAAGGACGACGAACAGCCUCUUGCAAGCUUAAGGUACGCAGUGUUCGGGCUGGGUUCACGAGCAUAUCCCAAUUUCUGUGCGUUUGCGCGGUCGCUGGAUAAAAUUAUCCAGGAGCUCGGAGCCGAACAGAUUCACAAAUGUGGCGAGGGUGACGAACUGGCAGGGCAGGAGGAAUCAUUCAAAACGUGGGCUAAACAAGUCUUUAAGGCUGCGUGCGACACGUUUUGCGUAGGAGAGAUGGUGAACGUCGCCGAAGCAGACGAGUCCUUGAACACUCUGUCCAGUGGCUGGUCCCCUGGGAAAUACCGCUUUACUAGUGUUAAGGAGGAGCUGCAAGAUGUGUGCAAAAGUAUCGCGUCUGUCAAUAACAAGCCUAUCGUUGGCGCUAAAGUCAAAUCCGUGAAAAAACUACAAUCAGCCGACUCGAGCCGAUCUACCAUACUUCUCAAGCUGGACACCAGUCCAGCGGCCGAGUUCCAUUAUAACCCGGGAGACCAUCUUUCCGUCUUCCCCUGUAAUCGCAGGGAACUGGUACAGAGUCUUAUCGAUAGAUUGUGCGAGGCGCCAGAUCCAGACCAGCCAAUCAAGUUAGAGGUCUGCCAAGAGACCUCGGGGCCAUUCGGGAAGACGAAGAAAUGGACGCCUGUAGACCGUCUACCUACACCGACAACAGUAAGAGAAGCGUUCUCGAGAUUUAUCGAUAUCGCUGGGACACCUACGCCGCAGAUCCUGAAAAGUCUUGCCUCUUUGGCUACAAAUCCAAAGGAUAGAGAAGCACUCGAAACACUGGGAAAGGGGGAUAACCACUACGAUGAUUGGAAGUAUGAGAAACAAUCCAACAUUGUAGAGGUUCUGGAAGAAUUCCCGUCCGUCAACGUCGAAGCCGAAAUGCUCCUGACCCAGCUUCCUCUUCUUCAACCGCGUUUCUACUCGAUCUCCUCUUCGCAAGACUUUUCCCCAAACGAAGUGCACCUGACUGUUGCUGUCGUGCAGUACAAUAAACGAGAGGGGAAAGGUCCAGUACAUUACGGAGUGUGCUCAACUUGGUUCAACGGCUUGAAACCAGGAGAUAUUGUACCCUGCUUUGUUAGAAAGGCGCAUUCAUUCCAUCUCCCUGAUGACGGUAGCCUCCCCAUUAUCAUGGUAGGGCCUGGUACUGGGAUUGCUCCCUUUAGAAGUUUCUGGCAGCAGCGGCAGUACGACAUCGUUAAAAAACCAAGCCCGGUCCCUAAGCCACGUGACGCAGCACCCGUGACUACCAACGGUGACUCAGCAAGUUUAAGCUCGGCAGUUAAGGAGGGGAGUGGUUGGGGAGACAUGGUGUUGUACUUUGGGUGUCGUUGCUCGACUCUAGAUGACAUUUAUCAGGAAGAGACCAAGACGGCACACCAGGAUGGUGCUCUUGCAGCAGUGCGCACUGCGCUCUCUCGUGAACCUGGACAUGUAAAGCAAUACGUACAAGACUUGUUAAAGGAAGACGCAGAUGCCAUCAUCGACAAGCUCGUGGGUCAAGGUGCACAUUUGUACACUUGCGGUGAUGUUUCCAUGGCAGCAGACGUCUGCAGAACAAUCCAGAAAUUACUUGAGGAAUAUGCCGCGAUGACACAGCAAGAAGCUCAAGAAUUUAUUGACAACUUGAAGAGCUCUGGACGUUACCACGAAGACAUAUUUGGAGUGACCCUCCGAACUCGUGAAGUGACCAACCGAGUGAGAACUGCGGCCAGAAAGGCAUGGGUAUAUGUCGCAACAGCAAAGAAAAUAAAGAAAUCAAGUGUGGCCGGCCUGUUAGGAGGGAUCAAUCAGGACACAAACGACUCCCCCAGACGAGGCUCGCCCAAGUACCCGUUGGACCGAAGUACAACCCUGACCGUACACAUGCGAUCAGAUGAGGAGGUCAUCGAGGAAGAACAAAAGGAAAACCUUGCAAAAGAGGCAAAGAUAAAACGGUUUCCAUCCCUCCAGGAGAGCUAAAACGGGACAACCGUGCAGCCAUCGGCAUCACGGAUCAUGAUGCAAUCACCGAUUGCAUCACAAAGCAGUCAGGUGUAAAAAUCAAGAAGGAAAAGAUUCCCAUUCUUUAUCUGAAAUGAAACGUAUAGCUUAUUGUUUGUGGCGGAUCCUACGCGGAGCCCCCAUACGUAGGGCGUUGGAACAACCUUUUAGACAAAGAACAAUACUAGGGAUUUUGCUUUGUGUUCCUUUACUUUACUAUGAGGCUGAGGGAUGAAUGAGGUAUGGAUCUUGGGGAUCCGCGCGGAAAUUGAUGUGGGAGGUUAUAACAUAAUGGAUGGCCUUUCGACUUUUCACCCUUAAAUUACACCCUUUUAGGCCUUAAUUUUUUUUUUCUAAGCCCUUUUUUGCUCGGGAAAAAGAACAAUCGCCCCAUCAGUCUAUUGGGGUUAUCUAAAGUACUCAACACCCAUAUAUCUGCCUUGCCAACAUACAAUACAAAAAGCUAGGUAAAAUCAAUAGUAAACGUUUAGACAGAAAGAUGUUUGGUUUAUUUCAAGGUAUAUAGGUAAAGAACAGAAGUUGUUAAAAAAACUUAAGUUUUCCUGGACAUAAUGCAAAAGGGACAAGAGUUUUUUUUUUCAUUAUUCAUGACAAUUGUAGAGGUUUUGUCCGUCGAGGUAUGUUAAUAUUGAGUAUAUAACAAUGUGCAAUAAGAUUAUAUGUGCAACAACUUCUGAAUAAAAAUUUCAAAAAGGUCAAUAAUGACCUGAAACGGGA